AUGCCAUCACCUCGAGACAGCUCGGCCCAUUGGGAGUCUCAUCUCACUGAUGUGGCUCCGUGCCAUUUCCCUCGACUUGGAGCUUCUCCUUCCGGGCCAAAAAGGCCGAUGACAAUCAAAGUGGCCUUGGACCAAACCCAGGCUCUAAAGGAGCUCUGCGAAUCGAAUACCGCUACGCUGCCAGCAGCCCUUCGCGCUGCAUGGAGCUUGGUUCUGCGCUGUUAUACCGGUGCCGAAGAUGUUUGCUUCGGAUACCAGGAUACGACCACUACAGCUGUUUUGCCGGUAGCACGGCUGGCUGUUGAAGACGACACUGAGAUGUCGCGGUUGAUCGAGACUGCACUGAUUGAGUACGAGAACAGCCUACCGUUCCACGGCGAUGUUCCUUCCAGCGCGAAUGGACCCGUGGGACAUCGCCUCUACAACACCAUUCUAUCCUUCCGUAGUGCUGCCAAGGUUGGAACUGCACCUCCCUCACGGGCCGCCAACAUGGCUCUACCGGAAGAUUGUCGCAUACGAAUCAUGACCAAGCUCAUGAGUGGAAGAAUGAGCAUCUUCCUUGAAUGGUGGAGUGUCGACAUGACCAUGGAACAGGCAAUGGGAGUUGCGUCGACUGUCGCGAAAGCUUUUAACACCGUCACUACCUCUCCAUCUCUCUCGGUUGGCGCUUUCGACCCGCUUACGCCUCUUCACCUCAAGCAAAUCAUGAGAUGGAACGAUUAUCCUCUGAAGACCGUCAACCGCUGUAUUCAUGAAGUUAUCCAUGAUGCAGCCAUCCGCCUGCCGGACGAUGAAGCUAUUUGCGCUUGGGACGGAAGCCUUUCGUUCAAAGAGCUAGAUCAUCUUACUUCACGGCUCUCGCACAAGUUAGUGGAAUUGGGCGUUGGGCCGGAAGUCAGGGUUCCUCUUUGCUUUGACAAGUCGAAAUGGAAUGUGGUUUCAAUGAUUGCUGUUAUGAAAGCCGGUGGAGCUUUUGUCCCCUUUGAUCCUUCGCAUCCGAUACCGCGAUUGCAAGGCCUAGUCAAAGCGCUCGACGCAUCGCUGCUCCUCUGCUCCGCUCACCAUUCACAGCACCUUGCCACUGUCGCAGAGACAAUCCUGCCUGUCGACGAUGCAUUGGUUAAGGAGUUGCCGUCGGGCCCUGACGCUAUCCGCUUCACUAGCCGCGCCAAGCCCAAUAACGCCGCUUAUGUUAUCUUCACUUCGGGCUCCACCGGAGAACCAAAGGGCACACUAUUGGAGCAUGUUGCCUUUUGUUCGAGCGCCGCUGCUCACUGCGUUCCCCUUCAUGUCGACGAGGGGUCUCGAAAUUUGCAAUUUGCGGCACACACUUUCGACGCUAGCUUGGUCGAGAUCCUCACCCCCUUAAUGCAAGGGGCGUGUGUCUGCAUCCCUAGCGAGGAGGCACGACUGAAUAACAUCGUGCAAGCGAUAAACGACAUGCGCGUCACUGUCGCGACGCUAACACCUUCUUUUGUGGGCUUUAUCGAGCCGGAUGAUGUUCCCUGUCUGGAGUAUCUCGUCCUCGCUGGCGAGGCUAUGUCCCAGAGUCAUAUCGACACCUGGUCAAAGAUUAACCUCAUUAACGGCUUUGGCCCUACAGAGACGGGUGUUGCCUGCGCUGUGAACUCGAAGGUGACUUCAACAACCGAUCCAAAGGAUAUCGGUUUCCCUGUUGGUGGACAUGCUUGGGUUGUUAACCCCGAAGAUCACGAUCGGCUUGUUCCCCCUGGAUGUGUUGGAGAGCUACUAGUUGAGGGACCCACUUUAGCCAGGGGCUACAUCAACAAUCCCCAGAAAACUACAGAUGCGUUCAUUUACGACCCCGUUUGGGCUCGUACAAGCGAAACCGGAGGCAAACCACGGCGAUUCUACAAGACUGGCGAUCUGGUUCGGUAUAAUUCGCCUGAAGGUUCUUUUAACUAUGUCGGUCGAAAGGAUACCCAGGUCAAAUUCCACGGCCAACGAGUUGAGUUGGGCGAAAUCGAGCAUAAACUUAACCUCGCACCAAAUGUGAAGCAUGGCCUGGUGCUGCUCCCAAAGACCGGCAACUGUAAAGGCAAAUUGGUCGCUAUUCUCUCGUUCUCCGACCAUGUCACGGAGAAGUUUUCCAAUGACCCAAAGUCGCUUCGACUUAUUGAGACAAAGAAGAGAGAUGAGUAUGUUGACAUGGUUCGUGAGACCAUGGCUGGCCAGCUGCCAUCUUACAUGGUUCCCUCCAUCUGGGUCUGCAUGGAGUCUCUUCCUCGGCUACCUUCAGCAAAGCUCGAUCGAAAAGCGGUCGCAAAGUGGAUAGAUACCAUGACCGAAGAGGUCUACCAUGAAGUAUCCGGAGCGCAGCAAGUGGAAGCUGGUAGCAGCGAGAUGUCCAAGCCAGCCAAUGCAGCUGAGGCUGCGAUCCAGCUUGCUUGGAGCCGCAUCCUGAACAUUCCACUAAACCGCAUCAGCUUGGAGCAGAGCUUUCUUAGCCUUGGCGGUGACUCCAUUACCGCCAUGACAUGUAUGGGCCAGUGCAAAAAGGCAGGACUUGGCUUUACUGUCCAAGAGAUAUUGCGGAGCAAGUCUAUCCGUGCGUUGGCUCCCUGUGCAAAGGAAGUCAAGCGAGCAGUUGAUCUCAAGGAAGAGAUUGAUGUUGACUUUGAACUUCAGCCUAUCCAGCAGUUCCACUUUACCGUCAGAAAUGAUGAAAUGGGACACUUCAACCAGAGUUUCUUCCUCAAAUUGGCGAGGAGAACUAGCGAGAAGUCCCUCAAACACGCUGUUGAUACACUUGUUGAGCGACAUUCUAUGUUGCGGUCUCGUUUUAGACAGUCUGGACCUAAUGGUGUAUGGAGGCAAUAUAUCACUAACGACUAUAAGGCUUCGUGCCGGUUCAGAGUUCACAACGUUCAAACAAAGAAGGAUGCUGAGCCCGCAAUUGCUGAUAGCCAGGCCUCUCUCAGUGCUACCAAGGGACCUCUAUUCGCUGUUGACUUGUUUGAUGUGAAUUCUGACCAUCAACUUCUAUUUAUGACAGGUCACCAUUUAGUCAUUGAUCUGGUUUCAUGGCGUGUGAUCCUAGAAGAUCUCGAGGAGCUUCUUGUUAACCCUACCAAUCCUUCUCUUAACGACAAAUCAAUUCCCUUUCAAACAUGGGCUAAACUUCAGACAGAACAUUGCCGGGAUCUCAGUCUUUCGCAUGUUCUACCAAAUGAUAAUAUACCCCGUGCUAACUUCGCCUACUGGGGCACUGAUGUCAAAGCUAAUACUUACGGCGCUUCUGCUGCUGAAGGAUUUGAAAUUGAUGCUGCCACAACCUCUUUUCUUCUCACAGACUGCCAUAACGGGCUUCGCACAGAGCCUGUUGACCUCUUCGUGUCUGUUCUUAUACACUCCUUUACCCAGGUUUUCACCGAUCGUGAGCCCCCUGCCAUAUUCAAUGAGGGCCACGGCCGUGAAAUAUGGGAUGAAUCAAUCGAUAUCGCCAGAACAAUUGGGUGGUUCACCACUGUUUACCCGAUCUUUGUUCCUAACUCUACAUCUAAAGGCCUGGUAGACAUUACGAAACAUGUCAAGGACAUUCGCCGUGCAGUUCCUGGCAAUGGCCGACCAUAUUUUGCCACCCGUUGGUUGACUGAAAAAGGCCGUGAAGCUUGGAGCCAUCACGCCCCGAUGGAGUUGUCAUUUAACUACCUUGGCCAGUACCAGCAGCUUGAACGAGAAGGCGCUCUUCUCAAUCCCGUCGAUGAGUUAGCUGGUGAAGCCAAGGAAGCUGGUGGCAUCGCCGAUUAUGGUAUUGGCACCCCUCGAUUUGGUCUUUUCGAGAUAUCUGCGGUUAUUGCUGCAGGUAAACUCAGGUUCUCCUUUACAUUCAACCGACACAUGAAGCACCAGAACCUCAUUCGACAGUGGAUUGCCCACUGUAAGGGCUCCCUGCAAAACGCCUCAAAGUUAUUCAUGGGACUGCCCUUCACGCCUACACUUAGCGACUAUCCACUCUUAGCAUUGAACUAUGACACUCUAGAGGCUAUGAUCACUGAAAAGCUUCCACUCGUCGGGGCCAAGAAUGUGCAGGAUAUCGAAGAUGCUUAUCCCUGCUCUCCUAUGCAGCAAGGCCUUCUCCUUAGUCGCAGCAAAGAUGGCGCCUUCUAUGCAGUCAAUGGUACUUAUGAAGUGAAACCAAAGCCUGGUACCAAUGUUAGUGCCGAAAAGCUUGCGGCUGCCUGGGAACUGAUUGUGCGGCGUCAUCCUUGCCUCCGGACUGUUUUCAUUGAAGGUCUAAGCAGUGAUGGUCUUUAUGACCAGGUUGUGCUGAGACAAUCACGCUUUGGUCCUUCACGACUUCGCUGUGCGAAGGAGUCUGAGGUUCUUUCAACUUUCAACGGCCAAGGAUUUAUGCAAUAUACUGAUCAUACCCCUGCCAAUCGGUUCACCAUAUGUGAGACCUCAAAUGGAAAGGUAUUCUGUCGGUUGGAACUGAGCCAUGCCGUCAUGGAUGGCGCAUCAAUGUCUAUCAUUUUCGAUGACCUAUGUCGUGCUUAUGCUGGGGAACUCAAAGACGAGACCGGCCCCCUUUUUAGUGCCUAUGUUGCCUACUUACAGACACAGUCAUUGGAUCAAGGUCUUUCAUUUUGGAAGCCUUAUCUUGAUGGACUUGACCCCUGCCAUUUCCCUGUUCUGAAUGAUGGUGUCACUGUUAAGAAGGAACUUCAUAACAUUAAACUUGAGUUUAAGGAACUAGCUACUCUCCAGAAGUUCUGUGACGCCCAGGGGCUUACCUUGCCAAACGCCAUCCACACUGCCUGGGCUUUGACACUUCGGGCAUUUGUAGGAACCGAAGAUACCUGCUUUGGCUAUCUCUCCUCAGGGCGUGACGCACCAGUUGAGGGUGCAGAUUCUGCCGUGGGGCCGUUCAUUAAUAUGCUCGUUUGCCGGGUCAAGAUGCCCGGAGAUGCAACGCUCCUGAGUGUUCUAGAACAAGUCCAAAAGGACUAUAUGGACAGUUUGCCUCACAAGCAUACCUCUUUGGCAGAAGUCCAACAUGCACUGAAACUAUCCGAUACUUCACUUUUUAAUACUUGUGUUUCUUACCGCAAACUUCCUCCAAAUAAGAACAGGAAGCCAGCAAUAGCCUUCGAGGAGUUUGCCCCGACACACGACCCUGAUGAGUACCCAAUCUCUAUCAACAUUGAGGCUUCAGAUGAGGUCGUCGCAAUCGACCUUGACUAUUGGACGGAUUCAGUUUGUGACAAACAGGCCAAAAAUGUUGCUUCUUCAUUUUUCCGUUGUCUAGAGAAUAUCACUCACAGUUCUCACCUUGAGAUUUCCAAAUUGGACAACCUUAGCAACCUGGAUUAUGAGACGAUUUGGAAGUGGAAUAGUCGCAUUCCAUUGACAAUUCCCGACUGUGUUCACUAUGUAAUUGCCAAACAAACAGCCCAACGACCCGACGCCCCAGCUAUUUGUGGAUUUGACGCCAGUUAUACUUACAAGGAACUUGAUGAAGUCUCUACCCGUUUAGCUUCAUACCUUGUUGCUCUAGGCGUCACCCCGGAAACCUUUGUGCCGACGUGCUUUGACAAAUCUGCUUACACUGUUGUAUCUAUGCUGGCCGUUCUGAAGGCUGGUGGUGCCUGUGUUCCUCUUGAUGCCACCCACCCUAUGCCUGCACUGGAAACCAGGGUAGUUGACACUGAGGCGCAAAUCGUCGUUGCAUCUGCUGCCAGAGCUGCUAUGUUUGAUGAUAUGGUCCCAUAUGUCGUUGCAGUUGAUGCAGAAUUUCUCGAACAGCUGCCUGACUAUGGCGAGGACAAUGGUAUCCCUGCUGAGCCAUGCAAUCCUGCAUUCGUUAUAUUUACCUCUGGAAGUACCGGAAAGCCAAAGGGUGUGGUGCUUGAGCACAGUGCAAUGGUUACUAGCGCUGAAGCUCACGGGUCUGCUCUGGGUGUCGGCCCCGAUACAAGAUUCCUCCAAUUCGCCACUUAUACUUUCGACAACAGUCUUGAGGAGAUGUUCACCACUCUCAUGCGUGGUGGAUGUGUCUGUGUUCCUUCAGAAGAUGAUCGUUUCAAUGAUCUAGCUGGUGCCAUUGAUAGGCUUGAUGCUAACUUCAUGGACCUGACACCUACAGUUGCCACUUUCCUGAAACCGGCUGAUGUACCUAAGAUUAAGGCUAUGGCUGUUGGUGGUGAAGCUUUAACUAAGAAAGCCCAGGAAAUUUGGGGAGGUUCAAUUCCCAUGCACAAUCAAUACGGUCCCUCGGAAUGCUCCAUUAACUGCGCCCAUAACGGCGAUGCUGGCACCGUCGAAGAUGUCUCUAAUAUCGGCCGCAGUGUCGGAAGUGUUUCCUGGGUUGUUGACCCAACGGAUCACAACAAGCUUGUUCCGGUCGGCUGUGUGGGUGAAUUGUGUGUAGAAGGCCCAAUCGUUGCUCGUGGCUAUCUUAACGACGAGGAGAAAACGGCGAAAUCUUUCGUUAUAGACCCUGCUUGGGCCGCUCGUGACCCCAACCCUCGCGAGUUCCCUACCCGACGCAUGUAUAAAACUGGUGACCUUGUUCGCUAUAAUAGUGACGGGACAAUGGCAUUCCUUGGUAGGAAAGAUACCCAGGUUAAGUUCAAUGGGCAGCGAAUUGAACUUGGUGAAAUUGAGUACCAUGUCAAGGAAAAUCUUCCAGAGGAUGCCCAGUCCGCAGUACAGCUUGUCGUUCUCGGUGGUGCUAAGUCACUCGCUGCCUUCAUUUAUCUCCAGACAUCUGCUGAUGCUGAUACCAAUCAGACAAUCCUCCCAAUGACCCCUUCAAUCCAGUCAUUGGCCAAAGAGCUGGAAGCCGCUGUGACAAAAUCGCUACCUGCCUACAUGGUACCUUCAAGCUAUAUUCCAGUUGCGAGAAUGCCAAUGACCUCUUCAGGAAAACUGGACCGACGUACCUUGACUAUCUGGGUCAAGGAGCUGUCAGAUGAUGUUGCAAUCACAUAUAGACUGGGCGGUGUAGGUGGACGAGCCCCUGAAACGGAAGCGGAGAAAAUCUUACAGGGGCUUUGGGCAUCCGUCUUGUCAAAGCCUGCCACCUCCAUUGGUGCUGAUGACAGCUUCUUCCGCCAUGGAGGUGACUCAAUCGGAGCUAUGAAAUUAGUUUCAGCGGCUAGAGCCAAGGGAGUCACUCUCAGUGUCGCUAAGAUCUUUUCUUCUCCAAAGCUCUGUGAUAUGGCCAGUACCUGCUCAAUCUCUUCUAACAGAUCUCUCGGAGCCGACCCUAUCACAAAGGAGCCUGUGAAGCGUUUUGAACUUCUUCCACCUAGCAUCUCCAUAAAUGUCCUCAUAGAUGAAGUCUCUUCAAUCUGCAAUGUUGAUGCUUCCAGAAUCCAAGAUAUGUACCCAUGCACUUCACUGCAAGGUGGACUUGUUGCGCUUUCCAGCAAAACUCCUGGUUCCUAUGUCGCUCAAACUACCUUCAAGCUACCCGCAGACAUUGAUUUUGACAAGUUCAGAGCAUCCUGGCAAGCUGUAGCUGAUUCAGAGGUUGUUCUGCGUACUAGGGUUGUUUUCACGGAUUUGCUUGGAUUCUUGCAAGUUGUUGUUAAUGAGCCCAUUGAGUGGAACUCUGUUGCUCAUUUAAACGACAUCAAAGACGAAAACCGUCACCUUCCUGGUCGUGACGGUGGCCCCCUUGUGAAAUACACCAUCGUUGGAGAAGGGGCCUCCACUCCAUACUUCGUCUGGACCGCACACCACGCAUUGUAUGAUGGUUGGAGUAUCCCCACGCUUCUUGAAAGAGUGGCCUAUUGCUACAAGAACUCACAGUCUCCCAGCACAGGCGCUGAAGCCUCCUUCCCAGAUUUCAUUAAGUACCUGGCAACUAUUGAUAAAAAGGCGUCUGAUGACUUCUGGAUUUCUAAGUUAGAAGAUCCAAAGGCGACGCCUUUCCCUGCGCUCCCAUCCACUUCAUAUACGGUCCAGGCUACAAGCAAGUGCACUCAUUCUGCUGAAGUUUCGAAGUCCCCCUCAAGAGAAACCACUGUCGCUUCCAUUAUUCGCGCUGCCUGGGGUCUCACGAUGGCAUUCUAUACCUCCUGCGAUGAUGUUAUAUUUGGUGAAAUUCUUACCGGGCGUGAUGCCCCAGUUCCUGGUAUUGAGGAUAUGAUUGGGCCCACCCUUACCUCCAUCCCUUCGAGAAUUCAGGUAAAUCGUGAGCAAACAGUCUCCGAAUAUUUACACGAUGUCCAGAAGCAGUUGGCAGAAACCAUGGCCUAUCAAUUUGCAGGCUUGUCUCAGAUUAAACGACUUGGAGACGAUGCUUCGACCUCCUGCGAAUUCCAGAAUGCUAUUGCCAUUACACAAGAUGCGGAUGAAAGCGCUUUUGGAUUUUGGCAGAUGAUAAGCUCUGGAACCACUGGAAACAACUUUUAUACAUACCCCCUUAAUCUUUCAUGCACUUUGCGUCAAUCUAACAGGAUUGAUAUCGAGGCUUACUACGAUCAGGCUGUUAUUUCUUCUUGGCAGGUAGAGAGACUGCUGCGACAGUUUGAUACCAUUCUCCGCAAUUUAUCCCUAGGCGAGAAUGCCCAAAAGAAGGUCGGAGAGAUUGAACUGGUUAGCCCUGAUGAAGUGAAGGAGCUUGAAGCUAUCAACAAGAACGGUGCAAAAUUCAUUGAGCGAUGCAUUCAUGAGCUUAUUCAAGAGCAGGCAAAACUACGGCCGCAAGCAGAGGCUAUCUGCUCCUGGGACGGAUCGUUCACCUAUAGGGAGCUUGACAAUCUGUCAACUGCCCUCGCACAUCACCUCAUUGAGUUAGGUGUAGGGUCAAACCCUGAGGUUUUUGUCCCUAUUUGCUUCGAGAAGUCAGCAUUCGCAAUCAUUUCGAUGCUGGCAAUUUUUAAAGCUGGCGGAGCGUUCGUCACUAUCGAUCCUGAGCACCCAAUUUCCCGACUCCAAGGCAUUAUCGCUGAUGUUGAGGCAUUCCUUAUUCUUUGUUCGCCAAAGCACCAAGAACUGUGUGAUUCUAUUGCACCCCAAGCACUGGCAAUCGAUCUUGAGAUGCUUCAGCAACUGCCAAAGCGUCAUCAGCCAACUCCUAAGGUCCCUGCCAGCAACGCGGCCUAUAUAAUCUUUACGUCUGGGACCACAGGAACACCCAAAGGGACUUUAAUUGAACAUUCCGCAUACUGCUCCUCCGCUGCUGCCCACGCACCGGCGUUGGGAAUUACAGCAGAGUCCCGCACUCUUCAAUUUGCAUCGUAUACUUUUGAUGCUUGCUGCCCUGAGAUCCUAACAACUCUUAUUGUUGGUGGGUGCGUUUGCGUUCCAAGCGACUGGGAACGACUUAACGAUAUCAGCAACUAUAUCCGGGACAAACUCGUGUCAAAUGCCACCUUAACCCCAUCCUUCGUCCAACUGAUGAAUCCAGACGACGUUCCAAACCUGAAAUACCUUGCACUUGUUGGAGAGGCCAUGUCAUCUGCACAUGUAGCAAAUUGGGCUGGCAGAUUGAAUUUACUAAAUGGAUACGGGCCCAGUGAAUGCUCAGUUUCAGCGGUCAUCAAUAGUAAGAUGGACGUUAAUAGCAAUCACAAAAACAUUGGCCGCCCACUCGACCGGUGCUGGAUUGUUGACCCUGUUAACCAUGAUAGGCUGGUGCCAAUUGGAGCCGUUGGAGAGCUAUUGAUAGAAGGUGCUACUCUUUCAAGAGGCUACCUCAAAAGAGAUGAUAAGACGAAGGAGGUGUUUAUUCAAAAUCCAAAAUGGGCAAAGCAAAAUAAUGGUGCCGCACGGAGAAUGUAUAAGACUGGUGACCUUGUUAAGUACGAUCCGAAUGGCUCUAUGAAUCUCGUUUUCAUGGGCCGUAAAGAUACCCAAGCUAAAGUUCGCGGUCAACGGCUGGAACUUGACGAAGUUGAGCAUCACCUUGGUGCCGAUAAUCUCAUCCAGCACGCCCUCGUGGCAGUUCCGUCGAAGGGUUUCGCUGCUAAGAAACUCACGGCUGCAGUAACAUUCCAUAGCCUAACUUCCUCCGUGGAUGCUGCUACUCCUCUGCAGGUCAUCAACUCCGAAAGGGCUAUACAAAUGGCAUCAGAAGCUCGUGAGCGACUGCGAAAGAGGCUUCCUGGCUACAUGGUUCCUUCUAAAUGGGUUGUUUUCCACAAACUACCGUUGAUGUCUUCCGGAAAACUCAACAGGAGACAGAUCGUUACAUUUAUGGAGAAAAUGGAGGACAGCCCAGAAGCUACUCCCACAACCACCUCUGACUCUCCUGAUACCCAUUCAGCCAAAGUGGUCCAAACCGCUCCUCAAAUUGAUAUUCGUGAAAACCUCUGGAAGGUCUGGAGUCAGAUACUCAACUUACCAGUGGAAGAAGCCGAUAUGAACUCCUCAUUUCUUCAUUUGGGCGGUGACAGUAUUUCCGCCAUGCAAGUCAUGGCCAGGUGCCGCUCUCAGGGUAUUACUGCAAGUGUGCAGGAUAUCAUGCAGAGUAAAUCAAUUACGGACUUAGCUACUCGGGUUAAGGUGACAAAAUCGCUUGCGAGCGCACCUGUGAAAGAAAUAAAAACAGUUGAGAACGGAAAGCCGUUUAGGCUUUCUCCCAUCCAGCAGGUGUACCUUGACAAUGCUGGAGACAAUUGGAGGCAAUUUAACCAAAGCGUUCUGCUGAAGGUUACCAAGAGGAAAAGUACUGAUGUUAUUUCCCGGGCUAUCGACCAGCUGAUAAGUCUUCACCCCAUGCUACAUGCUCGAUUCCAGAAAAAUAUGAAUGGAGAGUGGCGUCAGCACAUCAGCAGUGACUUGAAGGGAUCGCUCAGAUUGCGAACUCAUUCUGAUGCACGGCGAGGCCAGAUGGGUUCUUUGAUUGAACAGGGCCAGAAGGCUUUAGACAUUGAAAAUGGACCCCUAGUUGCGGUUGACAUCUUCUCUCUGCCUGGGUCUGAGACUCAGAUCUCGAUAGCAAUUCAUCACCUUGUCAUUGAUGUGGUCUCAUGGAGAAUUGUCCUCCAAGACCUCGAAGACCUACUCAGUGGUAAAUCGGUUGCUCGACAAGACCUGACCUUCCAAUCCUGGUGCGAAUUGCAGAUACAAAAUGCUCAAGAAGCCAGUGUUAAAGAUGUCAUUCCUGCAACUGCUGUCCCACCAGCAGACCUUACUUACUGGGGGAUGACUGGAAAGUCCAACACCUUUGGUGAAGUUCUAACCGAUGAAUUCAAAUUAGACCAAUUAACCACGACCCGCAUUCUCGACGCUUGCCAGAGACAACUUGGGGCUGAUCUGAUUGAUGUUCUUCUUGCCACUAUUCUUCUCUCCUUCCGUCAAGAAUUUACUGAUCGUCGCGUGCCACCUGCGGUCUUUAACGAAGGCCAUGGUAGAGAGCCUUGGGACUCCAGCUGUGACCCAUCAUCUAUAGUUGGAUGGUUCACUACCAUGAGUCCUGUAUACCUUCCAGCUGAUGCUGACACUGAUUCUAACUAUUCGUUUAUCGAUACCAUUCGAUGGGUUCAGGACUUCCGAUCCAGGACUCCUGGGAAGGGCAGGCCAUAUUUUGCUUGCCGCCAGCUGACCGAAGCCGGGAAAGAAGCAUUUGGAAGCCACUGGCCGAUGGAAAUUGCUUUCAAUUACUUAGGACAGAUGCAAGCAAACAGCCAGACGGAGUCUCUCCUGGAACCGGUUGACGGAGCGGGUGGGCAAUCAGUCAAUUCCCUUUCCGAUAUUGGCUCCAAUGUCCCUCGUUUCGCGCUUAUUGAAAUAUCGACGGUUAUAGAACAAGGCAUUUUGAAAUUGUCCUUCACUUACAAUAAGAAUAUGCAUCGACAACAAGGCAUUCAAGGUUGGUUCUCAAAGUGCCAAACUCUGCUUGAGAGUACUUACCAGUCGUCACAAAUGCAAUCCUUCACACAUGCCCAAUUCCCACGUUUACCCCUGGCUUUUGGCAGUUCAAGGAAAAUUUCCGAAGAGCUUCCUUCCCUGGGCGUUCAAUCUAUGAACGAUAUCGAGGAUGCCUAUAUGAUUUCCCCAAUGCAACGUGGCAUCCUUAUCAGUCAGCUGAAGGACCCCGAGAAAUAUGCAUAUCAUUCCGUUUUUGAGGUGAAAUCAAAUAAGAGAGGCCACCGUAUCAACCUUGAGCUAUUGGAAGCAGCCUGGCAGGCCGUCGUUCGCCGCCAUAGUGCUCUCCGAACUGUAUUCAUUGACAGUGUCUCUGGCAACAAUCUGAUGGACCAAGUGGUUUUGAAGGAGUUCCGCGCACGAACCCUUCUGCGAGAGCCUUCGAGUGAAGACUACAAGGCUGCUAUUGAGAACCUUGAGCCGUUGGAUUACACUGAGAAGCAACCACCACAUCGUAUGACGCUCUGUCAAACGCCUAGUGGACGAGUUGUCUGUAAACUCGAGAUCAGCCAUGCAGUCUCCGACGGCUCUUCGAUGAUGAAUAUGCUGAGCGAUUUGUCCGCUGCAUAUGCCUCCACUUCAGACUUGGGUACCGCAAUGCUGUACAGCGACUUCAUUGCCCAUCUCCAAUUAACCUCAAAGGAAGCUGGUGUUGCAUACUGGAAAACAUACCUUAGUGGCCUUGAACCAUGUACACUGCCUUCUCUGGCUCCAGUUCCACCACCAAAGGAGAGAACAGUAGGGGAAUAUGUUAUGAAGCUCCCCAUAGGAUCUGAGCUGCAAUCCUUCUGUAAGCAGGAAGGGCUUACUCAGUCGAAUGUCCUUCAGCUGGUUUGGGGACUUGUACUCCGCGCCUAUACCGGCUCCGAUGAAGUUUGCUUUGGAUACGUCGCUUCCGGACGUGAUCUACCAAUAGACGGGAUUUAUGAAGCUGUUGGUGCUUUCAUUAACAUGCUGAUAUGCCGCCUAAACUUGACGGACAACUCUGUUCUCAUUGAUACUCUCCAAAAGACCCAAUCUGAUUAUAUGCAGAGUAUCAGCUACCAAAACUGCUCUCUAGCAGAGGUGCAGCAUGAACUAGGCUUAGGAGACACUGCUUUGUUUAACACUGUCUUUACAUUCCAGAAGCGACCAAGCUCUGAUGAUACAGAAGACACACCCCUUUCGUUUGAGUCGAUUGGGGCCACUGAUCCUAACGAGUUUAACAUGUCCAUCAACAUUGCCGCCAUAGACUCCGAUCUUGAAAUUGAUUUUGGUUAUUGGUCAGAUACUGUAUCUGAUGCCCAUGCUGAGAACAUUGCCAAUACAUUCAAACAAAUCCUUAGUGACAUUAUUGAAAAUGGCGUUGAUAGACCGCUUGGAGAUGUUAACCACUUCGAACUGGAUGUUGCCGCAUCUCGUGUCGCUGCACAGCUGAUGAAUCUUGGAGUUGGCCCCGACGUUUAUGUACCUUUGUGUUUUGAGAAAUCCGCGUGGGCAAUUGUGGCCCAGUAUGGUAUUCUCAAGGCUGGCGGUGCCUUUGUUUCACUUGAUCCUUCUCAUCCGGAACAGCGAUUGGCGAACCUGAUAGAAGAUGUUGGUGCUGACGUCGUUUUAUGCUCUUCACGUCUUCACGAUAAAAUUAGAAAGAUUGCUAAGAAGGCAGUUGUCUUGGACUCAAAGACGGUUCAACAAUUCCCAAAGCAGCCUUCACAGCAACCAGAUAACUACCCGGACCCAUCCAAUGCUGCGUAUAUUAUCUUUACCUCUGGAACCACAGGUAAACCAAAGGGAACCGUUAUCGAGCAUGCUGCUAUUUGUACUGGAUCAGAUGCUCAUGGCAAAGCUCUUUUGAUGGACAGCUCUAGUCGUGUCCUACAAUUUGCAUCUUACACCUUUGAUGCCAGUGUCACUGAGAUACUUACUGCGCUCCAAGUUGGUGCAACCAUAUACGUUCCCAGCGAUGAGGAGCGAAUGAACGACCUGCAGGAUGUUAUUGCAAAGGGUAAAGUGAAUUGGACACUUCUAACCCCUUCAGUGCUUAGCACCUUGAAACCCCAAAAGGUCCCGACCUUGAAAACUAUUGUUACUGGUGGUGAAGCUAUGUCGGAAAAGGCCAUUAAGGAAUGGGUUGGGGGCCCAGCGGUAGUCAACGCCUAUGGCCCGACAGAGGCUUCAGUCGUGGCAUCGGCCAGCUUGAAGGUCAACAAAGCGGGUGUUUCAGUGGACCAGAAUCGAUCUAACAUCGGAACAGCCUGCGGAUGUCGAACCUGGGUCGUUGAUCCUCGCAAUAUCAACCGCCUAAUGCCCGUGGGUGCUGUUGGUGAACUCCUUAUUGAAGGCCGUACAGUCGCACGAGGCUAUAUCAAUAAUCCUGAGAAGACGAGCGAGGUCUUCAUCAGCAACCCAGCCUUCUCCAGGGAGCGCCGCUUCCGAAGCCUCUUCUCUCAAAGACACCGCAUGUACCGUUCAGGUGAUCUUGUUCGAUACAACCCUGACGGUACGAUCAACUACAUCUCACGCAAGGACACCCAAAUCAAGCUCAACGGCCAACGAAUCGAGCUUGGUGAAAUUGAAUACCACUGCAAAGUGAAUCUGCCCGACCAAACACAAGCUGGAGUUGAUCUGAUAGUUCCAUCAGACAGAGCUAAGAAGACUCUUGCAGUUUUCUUCAGCGUUCCAUCUGCCCGUAGCCAGCCGUCAACGCUCACCAACACUGAUGGUUCUCCCGCUGAUGAACUGCUUUUGCCUAUGAACGAUGCUAUUAGAACAAUUGCAAAGACUCUCGAGACCAAGCUCGGUACCGCAAUUCCAACAUACAUGGUUCCACACCUCUUCAUCCCCAUGACGAAGCUUCCUUGGUCUGCAGCUGGCAAGUUGGACAGAAAUCGCCUUCGAAAUAUCACUCAGGCACUAUCCAAAGAGUCUAUCAAAUCCUUCCGCCUUACUGGUGUUGCUGGGAAGCGUAAUGUUUCUUCUACCGGGCUCGAGGGUAAGCUCCAAUCUCUUUGGGAGAGUGUUUUGGAUCUCCCUAAGGGAUCUGUUGGUACUGGUGACAGUUUCUUCCGUCUUGGAGGUGACUCGCUAGCUGCCAUGCAGCUUUCAGGAUCAGCUCGUUCUUCCGGAAUCUCUCUUACAUUUGCGAAUAUUUUCAAGCACCCUAUCCUCGCUGACAUGGCAUCGGCAUGUGUUGUGCUAAAAGGGGCUCCGUCGAUGGAAGUACGCCCCUUCAGCCUGCUUAGGACCAACGAAUCUAUUGACGCAAUCAAGACAGAAGUUUCCCAGCUUUGCCGUAUCAGCACCGACCUAGUGCAUGAUAUCUACCCCUGCAGUUCUCUCCAGGAAGGCCUCAUUGCUCUGUCGUUGAAGCAGCCGGGCGCUUAUGUUGCUCAUAACGUAUUCAAACUCUCCCCUUCUCUCAACCUUGACCAUUUCAAGGCUGCCUGGCAGAAGGCUGUUGAUGAUUUGACGACCCUCCGCACUCGCAUCGUUCAUACAGCUUCAUCAAACUUCCUACAGGUAGUUCUCAAGCACGAAGCCAUUUCCUGGCACUCUGCCCAGAGCUUGGAGGAGCUUUCUGGUGAAGCUGCCUCUGUUCCUCCAUUCAAUGGUGGUAGCCUGACCAAAUACGCUAUUGUCCAGACUCCUCGCUGUCGAUACUUUACCUGGUCCAUCCACCAUGCCCUAUAUGAUGGGUGGAGCUUGCCCCUUAUUCUCCAGCGGGUCGAAUCCAUCUACCGAGGACAAACUCCAGAGGCACCAAAGAGCUCAUAUGCAGACGUCAUCAGCUACCUUUCAACAACUGAUGAGGACAGUACUAAACAGUUCUGGACAGCUAAGCUUUCAGACAUAUCUUGCUCCAAAUUCCCGCCUCUGCCACCGACUAAUGAUCAGUCAGAAACCAGGACGCUUUCCCGUCACAUUGCAACAUCGUCAGUAGGAGGUGUCACAUUGCCGACCAUCAUUCGUGCGGCUUGGACACUGGUUUUGGCUAGCCACACUGCCUCUAACGAUGUGUGUUUCGGUGAAAUAUCGACAGGCCGCAAUAUCAACGUUCCUGGAAUUGCCGAUAUUGUCGGCCCAACCCUUACCACUAUCCCCACCAGAAUCCAAGUCAACCCUCAGGCAACGGUUGCAAAUUUUUUGCAAGAGGUGCAACAAGACUCUGCAGAUGUCGUUCCACACCAGCAUGCCGGUCUCCAAUAUAUCAGAAGGUUGAACGGCGAUGCGUCUGAAGCCUGUGAUUUCCAAAAUCUCCUUGUUAUCCAAACCGCCCAAGGAGAGGGUCAGGAAGAUCUCUGGGAAAUUCAAGCGAAUGGAGACGUAAAUAACUUCUUCACCUAUCCGCUUGUUAUCGAAUGCCAACUAUCGAAGAAGGAUGUCGGGGUCACGAUAUACCACAAGGAGGGUAUCAUCAGCGCCUGGACCGUCGAGCGGAUCCUGGACCAGUUCAGCUAUGUCAUGGACCAGCUGUUCAAGAAGGCACCCGCCACCAAACUCAGCGAAGUUGAAGUUCUCUGUCCCGAAGACAAGGAAACAAUCAAAUGGUGGAAUCGACGCAAGCCAGUGCAAGUUAAUGAGUGCGCCCACGAUAUAUUCAAUCGACUGGCGGAUACGCAGGGAGACAAGCUGGCCGUGGUUGAUUUUGAACGACAGCUAACCUAUCGCGAACUCAAAGAUCUUUCUCUGCGAUUUGCUAAACUUCUUUCGGGACACGGCGUUGGCCCCGAGGUUUUCGUUCCUAUUUGUGUUGAUCGGUCUGCUUGGACCAUAGUCGCGAUGAUGGCUGUGAUAAUGGCUGGAGGUGCAUAUGUGCCGUUGGACCCCUUGCACCCUAGCUCCAGACACCAGGAGAUUGUCCAGGAGAGCGGUGCGAGAUUGGCUAUUUGCUCACCCGGGUAUCUUGAUCGCUUCUCGGCCUUUGUGGACACUGCUCUAGUGAUCGAUGAAGCCACUGCCAUGUCUCUCCCGAGUGUGCACUCGCUCCCAUCAAGGGCAAAACCACACAACAGUGCCUAUGCCAUCUUCACUUCAGGUAGCACCGGAAAGGCAAAAGGAAUCGUUAUCGAACAUCGUGCCUUUGCCAGCGCCUCAGCUUCCAUGAGCGCCAACAUGUGUAUGCAUCCAGAUUCCCGAGUGUUCCAGUUCGCAUCCGUUUCCUUCGAUGCCUCAGUUCUGGAAAUCCUUACUACUCUUACUAUUGGUGCCUGCAUCUGCAUACCUAGCGAAAAGGAGCGCCUAGCAGAUAUUCCCGGCGCCAUUUCCAGAAUGAACGUUACCUGGACAUUUUUGACACCGUCGGUUGCCAAUGUCGUUGACCCUGAUGCUACUCCAUCGCUGAAAACCCUUGUCUGCGGAGGUGAAGCCAUGUCCCGCGAGGUCAUCGCUAGAUGGGCGGAUAAGGUCCAAUUGAUGAACGGCUACGGACCAACUGAGACGACCAUUAUUGCAGUCACCAAUACAAAGACCUCAUACGAAAAGUCCAGCCUCUCCAUUGGUCAUCCACUCCCAUCGUCACUAGGCUGGGUCCUUGAUCCAAGAGAUCACAACAAGCUGGCUCCAUUGGGCGCCAUAGGAGAGCUGGCACUUGAAGGCCCUGUUUUGGCCCGUGAGUACCUUAAUUCCCCUGAUAAAACAGCUGAAGGCUUCCCAGAGAAUCCAGCAUGGGCUGCCGAGUUCCCAGUAGCCUCUCAAGUAACCAGACGGAUUCAUAAAACUGGUGAUCUCGUCAGAUAUACAUCCCAAGGUGCCCUGGAAUACUUCGGACGCAAGGAUCAUCAGGUCAAGGUGAACGGUCAGCGGUUAGAGCUCGGCGAAAUCCAAAGUCGCCUCGACUCAAAUACUGAGGUCCGACAUGCCCUGGUUUUGAUGCCAAAGGCUGGCCCUUGCAAGAAGAAGCUUCUUGCCAUACUUUCUUUGGAAGGUUUGGGCUCCAGUCGGGAGUUGUCGACCGGAAACCUCGAGCUAUUCGAAGAGAAAUUUUUGGUCGAUAAAGCAAAUGCAAAGAUUGAUAAAAUCAAGGAUGAUCUUUCAAAUCAAUUGCCAUCAUUCAUGGUUCCGCAGCUCUGGAUACCGGUUAAAGCCAUUCCUCUGCUUGUUUCAGGAAAGCUGGACCGCAAGCUGGCUCUAAAAUGGCUUGAGAACCUGGACCAGGAAACAUUCAACCGAAUCAAUCCAGCCCCAGAAGAGGAGGAAGACAGCCCAGGUCAAUCGACCGGGACGACGGAACUCUUGCGCAGGAUCUGGGCAAGCGUACUCAAUAUCGACAUUAAGGAUGUCAAAUUGAACAAAUCUUUCAUGAGCCUUGGAGGUGAUAGUAUCACCGCUAUGGGUGUCAUGUCCCGAUGUCGCAAAAAAAAUAUUGAGCUGUCUCUUCAUGAUGUCUUGCGUAGCAAGUCGGUUGUUCACCUUGCCAACUGCGUCGGACAUAAGGUGUCCGGCCCUCAGAAGGAGGAGGUUGUAGACGAGCUAUUCGACUUGUCUCCUGUCCAACAGUUGUAUUUCCGAUCGUCUCAGUCCCAGGAUGGAGACUCCCGGUUCAACCAGAGCUUCACUCUCCGAAUUACCAAGCCGACGGACGCUCGCACGGUAAAGCUUGCCAUUGAAGCCAUAGUUAAUAAGCACUCAAUGCUCCGAGCCAGGUUCGUGCGUGAUGGAAACAGCUGGCGCCAGAAGAUCACCAAGGAUACCAAUGCCUCUUUCCGCUGCCGAGCUCAUGAUAACGCAAGGAAAUAUGAUAUUCCUCGUAUUAUCAAAGACGCGCAGAUGUGCCUAGACAUUGAACAGGGCCCAAUACUGGCUGCUGAACUACUCAACACACAGAAUGGAGAACAGUUUAUUUUUAUGGCUGCCCACCACGUUUGCGUCGACAUGGUGUCCUGGCGUAUCAUCCUCCAGGAUCUAGAGGAGUUUAUAGGAACCCAAUCUCUCGACACUGACAAGCCACUCUCAUUCCAGUCAUGGUGCUCAGCUCAAACCUCCCAUUUGAAGGCUCACAACACCAGCUCACUUCUUCCGUUUGAUGUGAAGCCUUCAAACCUCUCAUACUGGGGAAUGGAAGGUAGACAAAACACCUAUCAUGAUGCCGAAUACGAAACUUUCCAGCUAGAUAAGGCUACUUCCAGCCUUGCCUUGGGCGAUAGCCACAAAGCGUUCCAGACGGAGCCAAUAGAUCUAUUCCUUACUGCGAUCGCCCACUCAUUUGCGAGGGUAUUCCAAGAUCGAGAGGUCCCUACGCUAUACAAUGAAGGCCAUGGUCGUGAUUCAUGGCAAGGAGGUCCGGACCUAUCCAGGACUGUUGGCUGGUUCACCAGCAUUUGCCCGGCAACUAUACCGGUGGAUAUGCGUAAGUUUCCCCUAUUAGGGAGUCACUUUCUUGAAGGAAACUUUACUAAAUUUGUGAAAUUAGAAAACGGAAAGGAUGAUGUAUUGGAUACCCUCAAGCGUGCCAAAGAUAUUAGACGCCAGAUCCCAGACAACGGACGACUCUACUUUGCCAACAGGUAUUCAACAAUGCAUGCUUCUCAGCAUGAUGAUACUUUCCCUAUGGAAAUCGUAGUCAACUACCUUGGUCGCAUGCAACAGCUUGAACGUGAUGACUCUCUUUUGCAGCAGGCAGACCUAAUUACGGAUGAGGAUGAGGCAAAGAGCACUGGUGACAUGGGCCCAAGAACUAUUCGGUUUGCCCUGUUCGAGAUAUCCGCUAUCGUGCUCCAGGAUCAAAUCCGCUUCACAUUCAUGUUUAACAAGAAUAUGAGACAGGUACAGCGCAUCCGUCGAUGGAUCUCAGAGUGUAAGCAAACUCUACGUGAGACUGUUGAUGCCAUGAGCCAUAGUGCCCCAGAACCAACCCUCAGCGAUUAUCCUCUUUUGCCGAUAUCAUACGAAGCGCUUCAGAAACUCUCCAAGUCGGCCUUCCCAAGAGCUGGCGUUUCUAGCCGUGAUCAGGUCGAGGAUAUCUACCCAUGUUCUCCUAUCCAAGAAGGUAUCCUGUUAAGUCAGCUGAGAGACCCUGACAGCUACGUCUUCCACACCAGCUUCGAGGUUACCUCUGCAAAGGGGUCGAAGAGGAUUGACGCACAGAAACUCGGCCGAGCCUGGCAAAAAGUUGUUGACCGUCAUGCUGCGCUACGUACGGUUUUCAUUGACAGCCCGUGCCGAGGGGUUACCUUCUGCCAGCUGGUUGUUAAGGAAGUUAACAGUGGCGCUAUCCACAUCUCAUCUGACAGUUCAAACGCAAUGGAUAAGAUGAAGACAAUCAGGCUAAAAGAUAAUAAUGGCAAGAAACGCCCACAGCUACCCCAUCAGAUUACCAUUUGCUCGAAGUCUGAUGGUGGCGUCAUAAUCAAGAUGGAAAUCAAUCAUGCAGUUAUUGAUGGAGGUUCCGUAUCUAUCUUGAUGGCAGACUUAGCUGCCGCGUACGAGGACCGACUUCCAACCGGCCAAGGCCCGCUGUACAGCGACUACAUUCGAUUCAUUCGAAGCCAAUCGACAGUCGGUGAAAUCAAAUUCUGGAAAAAUUAUCUUGGAGGUCUGAAGCCAUGUCAUCUCCCACGACUCAGCUCCUUCUCGGGCACACAGAAACAGUUGCGUACAACCUUUGUCAAGUUUGAACGUUACCCAGAACUUCAAACUAUGUGUGAGCAGAAGAAGGUCACUAUGUCCAAUGUUAUGCACGCCGCUUGGGCGGUCGUCCUACGGGCAUAUGUUGGGUCAGACGAUGUGUGCUUCGGGUAUCUAUCCGCCGGCCGUGACGCCCCUGUCAAUGGUAUUCAGGAGACAAUUGGAGCAUUCAUCAACAUGCUCUGUUGCCGUGUUGUCUUCUCCCCAGGAGCAUCAUUCCAUGAAAUUUUCCGCAAGGUGCAGGAAGAUUAUCUUGACAGCUUGCCAUAUCAGAGAUGUUCCCUUGCCGAAGUUCAACAUGAACUAGGACUUGCAGGCAAGCCUUUGUAUAAUACAGCCAUCUCUUCCCAGAAUCAUGCAAAAUCCAGUGAUGCUGUUGAAGAAGGCAUCCUCUUCGAGCCUUUGGGUGGACAUGAUCCAAGUGAGUAUGCUAUAACCGUCAACGUUGAGACUGCUAAGGGUGAUGAAGGUGUCCUUCUCCGAUACUGGGACAAUAUGAUUAGCGAGGCUGAAGCUCAGAAGAUGGCCGCAAGCAUGGCCCAUGUAUUAACAUCUUUCAUCACUCGCCCUGAGCAGCUCGUUUCCGAGUAUGACCCAACGAAGACGACAGGUUCAAUACUGCGCGAGGAGCUUCCCCAACGUACCCGAGAAGAACCAAAGCAGGCCGAACUUGAGUCCAAUCUUGCUCAAAUGUCUACCGGGAACCUUAGCACGGAACAAUUGCUUAACAACAAUGCCGAAUUACGAAAGAUUGUUGAUUCCUGCGUCCAAGAUAUACUACAGAAAAUGGCCAAAUCAGGACAGCUUGCCACCAAGAGUGCUGAUGAGAUUUUGCUGAAUAAUUCCCGUCGAGACAUUGGCGACAACAACAAAGUCGUGAGCACUGAACAAACCCUUCAUUCCGAGUCCAUCAAGGGCAUGGAACCCGAAACUGCCACCCCCUCUGAAGCCUGGGAGCAAUCAGACUACAACCCCAAGACUGACACAGACCGGACAUCAAUGGCAGCCCAUAUUAACAAGAGAGGAAGGUCAGCUCACAUUGAGAAGAAGCUCCUGGUACUCUGGAGCUCCAUGUUAGAAAUGGAUGAAGAUUCAAUUUCAGGAGAAGACAGCUUCUUCGAGUUAGGAGGCGACAGUCUCACGGCCAUGAGACUUGUAGGAGCUGCACGAGAUGAAGGCCUGUCACUCACAGUAGCCGAUGUGUUCCGAAACCCUGUAUUCGAGGAUAUGGUUGCUGUGAUUCGUGUGGCUAGCAUGAUGAACACCUACGUUGAUGAUGCUGAUAUGGAUGACUUCAAUGCCCAAAGCCAGGCAAUUCGAUCAGCAGCCACGAGUGAACUCUACCAGAGAUUCUCUCUAGUUAAGGCUCCCAACAUCGAUGCCUUCCUUCAGAACAACAUUAUUCCGAAGGUCGGUGUCUUCAAGGGAGGUAUGGUAGAUGUCCUCCCUGUGACCGAUUUCCAGGCCCUUGCCAUCACUGGCUCUCUCCUAGAAUCGAGAUGGAUGCUCAACUACUUUUAUCUUGAUGGACACGGAGUCUUGGAUCUUCGACGGCUCAAGAGAAGCUUUAUUCGCCUUGUCCACUCGGUUGAUAUCCUCCGUACGGUGUUCUUGCCCAGUGGUGACCGCUUCCUCCAGGUCGUUCUACGCAAAAUGCGCCCUGAUUUCUUCGUCUAUGAAACCGAGUCCAACCUUGAUGAGUUUGUCGCAAUGUUGCAGCAGCGAGAUCGUGAGCAAGGCCCUCGCCUUGGUGAAGCGUUUGUUAACUUCACUGUGGUCAAAGAAAAAGAUAGCAACCAUCACCGCAUCAUUAUGAGAUUAUCCCAUGCUCAAUAUGAUGGAGUCUGCAUAUCAAAGAUCUUUAGCGCAAUUCAAGCUGGCUAUGACGAUGAACCGCUUCCUGUGAUGUCUUCGUUUGCCAGUUAUGUUCGGUCUUCUGCCUCCACCAUAACAUCGGAUCACUAUCAGCACUGGAAGACGCUCCUCAAAGGCUCCAAGAUGACAGAAAUCGUCCGACGAGAGGGACCGAACUACCGACGAUCAGCAGGUGCCACUAGUCAACUAAAACAAACGGUCCUACUGCCUGCCAUCGCUCACGGAAAUAUUACCACCGCUACAGUGAUCAAGGCAGCGUGGGCAAUGGUACUAGCACAACUUUCAGGAAGUCCCGACGUCGUAUUUGGUCACACAAUCAGCGGUCGUAAUACCACGGUUCCCGGAGUCGAGAGUACAGUCGGUCCCUGUCUUAACAUCAUCCCCGUCAGAGUACAGUUCAACGAACGAUGGACAGCACUUGACCUCCUGCGUUUUGUUCAGGACCAGCAAGUCCGCAACAUGUCAUACGAAGCUCUUGGAUUCCGUGAGAUUACCAAGCAUUGCACAGAAUGGCCAGACUGGACCAACUUCACCACAGUUGUCCAGCAUCAAUUUGCUAGUGUCACUGGUGAGAUGACUCUGGGAAGAAACACUUACACCAUGGGAGCAGUUGGAACCGAGGAAGACUUUUCUGAUUUCUCCGUUGUAUCAAGCCUACAAGAGGGUGAUAAAUGUGAGAUAGCACUUGGCUUCUCACUCAACAGCUCAAUCACUCCCAUUUUCGCCCAAAAGGUCCUAAACAUGCUUUGCAAUACCAUCUCCAACUUCAUGGCAGACACAAGCAUGGUCUUGCUUUCUCCUCAGCAGAUAGCAAAGAUGCCACCCCAGACUAUCGACGAAACCCAAAAGCCAUAUGACAGCUAUUUCCUUUCCUCACAGCUGCAAGACCUUACCCAGGCUGAAAUUUUAGUUCUUUCCGAUAUUCUCAGCCGAGCCUGGCGUCAAGUCCUGGGAGAAGAGAACACAACAAGCUUGAACCUUGAAUCUUCCUUCUUUGAUCUCAACGGUGAUAUAAUGGGCCUCGCACAGGUGGCCUGGCUGCUUGAGCAAGAGGGAUUCACAGUGCGUGUGGAAGACCUUAUUGAUCACCCCACUAUGCUGGGACAGAUGGCUACCUUAUGUUCUCAGCGGUCAAUGGAGAAAGAAAAGGCUAUCGAGGCAUCGUCGUCUCAGAAUUCAAUCGAGGAUGACUAUGACUCUGUGCCGAAUGCCAAGGUAGAAAAGAAUUCUUGGUUCAAGGCCCUGGGCAUGGCCAGACGAAUGGUUCGACGAAAUACCCGUCCUUCUUAA